AUGGCCCCUUCAUCUUUACUAUCGGCAUUUAGAGGCCGCAGAAACAAAAAUGACGACCAGGAACUAAGUCAAUCAUCACCUGCAUCCGUGGCAUCGCCCGUACCUGUGGUACCACCUGUAUCCGUUGCGAUGCGCACGAUGCAACCCGGAGACCCAGCACGACCAUCUUUAGCAGCGCUAUCUGAUGAUCUUAUUCUUAAAAUUCUUGAGAUGGUACAUGACACAAGCCCAAAAAGCAUACCCAACUGUAUGUUAGUGUGCUCGUCUUUGUAUCACCAUGGUCGACAUGUGCGGUAUCGCGAGUUAUCCGUCGGUAUCGACAACCAUGACUCCAUGGCGCAUCUUGAGCUUGCCGAGAGAGAGAAUCUACUGCCUGCUGUCCGCAAACUAGCGGUGUACGGAACUGGCAAUUUACUACCCUCCCUUGAGUAUAUGAUUCGAAAGAUGACGGGGCUUCGCGAGGUCGAAUGGAGUGCUGCUACCAUUACAAAACCCAUCCUGGAAACUUUACAAUCUUUUCCGCACACGCAUCUCAGCCUGUUGAUUACCAAUGAUACCAAGGAACUGCUCGUUGACGUGCCAGGAAGCACCGCUCUCGUCUCGAUCAGCGUAGACACCACCUGGACCACCGCGGAGGAGUGUAAGCAGGUCACGCAACCUCUGAAGCAAGUACUGCUAUCGUGCCCGAAUGUGCGGAAGCUAUCACUGAAUAUAACUCGACCGACCCGCGGCUGCGUCGUCACUCAACCCCCAUUUGAGUAUGUCGGUAUAGGCUUCGCUCCUGGCGAGAAACCGCCUCCGCUUCAAGAACUCUACGUUACCAGUUACCCCUGGGGCUUUAAAAACAAUGACCCGAAUGCCCUCAGCGUCAACUGUGUAGGAUAUCCAGGGGAAGGACGCGAGAUGGAUUAUUGGAUCAAUGAAUUCGACUGGUCACGCUUGACACACUUGGAAGAUGCUUCCAACAGAUUUGCCCACAAGCUUGUGCGGAACCUCACUGCGCUGAAACACGUCCGUUUUGUUUGGAGUCAAGGUUCCGCAGACAGAGAGUUCUUUGCCUCGCUGCCGUCAGCACUAGAGUCGAUCUGCAUAGCUACAUUGGACAGCAUUGGCAUUGAUGGCCUUAUUCAGCAUGCAGAAUCACUUCGGAAACUCCAACUUCACCAGAAGCCACGCCAAAUAGACCAGUGGAGAGAAGGCAUAACUUCUAACCACGACCUUAUCCUCAUAUGCGAGAAACUUCCGCAGCUUAAGGAACUUAGCCUUGAUGUCAAGCGGAAUGAGAAUGAAUGGCCAUACAAGACACUUGAUAUCCUGGCCAGGUUUUCAAAUCUACAAAAGCUCGAAUUGUGGUUCGAACUUGGUAAUGCUCGAGAUAUACAGUUAAAGCCAUAUGUUACCAUGGCCUCCACUUCAGAGCUUUUCGGUUACUUGGUCGAGCGUUCAUCCACACUGAGAGAACUACGCGUUCAUUCUGGCAGUCCAGACCUACCUCAGAUCUCUGGUUGGGUGACCGGAGAGUCAUUCUGGCCAAAGGAGAACUCAACAAGCUUUGUCUGCCAUCGUGCUGAGAAGGACGAUGAUGCUGCACGUGGACACUUUCAUGUUACAUGUACGAAGCUAAGCGAUCAGUUGAACAAGAAGGCGCAGCUUAUCAUGAGAGGCCAAGAGAAAUUGAAAGAUGCGUCGGAGUUUGGGGUUGACUUCAAGGUGGCACUAGAAGGGCCGAUUCCAUUAAUGGAGUGGUUGGAUCUAAGAAAAGAGAGAACACCAUUAGCAUCUGGAAAGUCGAAAGAGAAACCGAAGCCGGUGAAGUCGCUCUUUGGGAUUACGUUAUCGCGCACAGGAUACCAGGAUUAA